AUGAGUGGUCAACUUCCAAUUUUAGGAUUAACUCACAAAUACUUUUUUGUUACACAACAAGAUAUUUUUAACACUUUCCACGAAAUGUAUGUUAAUGGUGGACCUUCGCCACGAAAAGUAGGACUUAUACCGCAUGAAUUAUUUAUUUAUGUUGAUGAUAUUGAGCAAAUUAAAAAAGUUUAUACAUUACCGAGCUGCAAUGAUCGCCCGAGUCUUUAUGAAGCUUUUGGUGGAGUAAUGGGUAUGUUCUCUUCAAAUGGAGCUUUAUGGAAAAAGCAUCGGAAACUACUUAACCCAGCAUUUAACACUACUGUUUUGAAAAGUUUUCUUCCCAUCUUCAAUGAUAAUUCUAAAGCGUUAAUGAACGCUUUGGAUGAUCAUGCAGAUGGAAACGAAAUUGAUAUCCAUUCAUUUAUGGCUGAAUUUGCUUUGGACAACAUUUUGAAUACUUCAAUGGGCUUCAAAGGCGAUAAACAUGCUGACAAACGUAAAGAGAUGCUGAACCAUAUGACUGGUACAAUGAUUGUUACAUCUGCAAAAAUUCUUCACUUUUGGAAACGGAUUAAACCAAUUCUAAUGCUAACAGAAAUUUAUAAAUUGGAGAAAAAGUAUUUUGACAAUGGAAUGUAUAAAAUUAUAAAAGAUUUCGUUGACGAAAAAGAGAAAACUUUUGAUAUUGAUGAUGUGUCAGAAAAGCCUCAAAUACUUAUCGACCAGCUUUUCAAAAAUCGAAACGAAUUUUCUCGACAAGAAAUUGAAGACGAAAUAUUUUCAUUUAUAGGAGCUGGCUUAGAAACUUCGGAAUAUUCUUUAUCGAAGGCUAUUCUCCUUAUAGCAAUGCAUCCAGAAGUUCAAGAGAAAAUAGUCGAUGAAUUGAAAUAUGUUUUUGAAUCGGAAGACGAAGAAGUUACUGAAGACAAUCUUUCACAAUUAACUUAUCUUGAUUUGGUGAUGAAAGAAGUUUUUAGAUAUUGGUCCAUAAUUACAAUUAUCGCGAGAUACACGACGGAUGAAGUUGAACUUGGCGACUGUUUGAUCCCUAAGGGAACUCAUAUUAUAAUUCCAAUCUACGAGAUUCACAGGGACAAAAAGAUUUGGGGUGGAGAUGCUGAUGAAUUUAAGCCAGAAAGAUUUGAACCUGAGCGAAUGAAGAAUAUUCCAGCACAUGCAUACAUGCCAUUUGCACUUGGACCAAGAAAUUGCAUUGGAAUGAAUUACGCGAAAAAAAUGUUUAAAGUUGUUAUGGCUUAUUUCUUCCGAAAAUUCCAUGUUGAAACUUCACUAAAACUUGAAGACAUCUCCUUGAAGUUCGAACUUCUUACAAAAAUAGUUCAGGGAUACAAAGUUAUGAUAACUAAAAGAGACUUUGAAGAUUGA